AUGAGCCACCAACGCUACCCGUCCCACGAUCCCAUCAAGGAGCCGCACUCCAUCUCCCUCAAAGUCCUCCGCACCCCACCAAGCCCCGCUGGCGCCGGCCGCGCACGACGGAGCCACGAAUCCAGGCCUCGCUCGCCUACGCGCCCGACGCGCGGCCUCGACGAAACCCCGACCCCUUUCUCCUCGCGCCGAUCCUCAACCUCCCGCUGUCCUUCGGGCUCCGCCUACGUCGGCGAGCACUUCAGCUGCACCCUCUGCGCGAACCACGAACCGCCCGUGUCCACUGACGUCGCGGCAGCGCUGCCGACGAAGCGCAUCCGCGACGUCAGGAUCGACGCCGAGAUGAAGACGCCCGGCGCGCAAGGGUCCGUGCAGAAACUCCAGCUCACGGGCCGCGCGAGCGACUCGUCGUCGUCGUCAUCGUCGGACGCCGCGGCGACGACGACGGCGACGGCGACAGCGGACCUGGCGCCGGGCGAGACGCUGCAGCGCAUCGUGGGCUUCGACCUCAAGGACGAGGGGAACCACGUGCUCGCCGUGACGGUGAGCUACUACGAGGCCACCGAGACAUCGGGCCGCACGCGCACGUUUCGCAAGCUGUACCAGUUUAUAUGCAAGUCGUCGCUCAUUGUGCGGACCAAGGUCGGUAGCCUGCCGGGGACGCCGGGCGGCGCCGACGGCAGGGUGCGGCGGAAGUGGGUGCUCGAGGCGCAGCUCGAGAACUGCGCCGAGGAUGUUGUGCAGCUGGAGAGGGUCGAGCUGAACCUCGAGGGCGGGCUGGCGUACACGGACUGCAACUGGGGCCCCGCGGGGAAACCGGUCCUGCACCCGGGGGAGGUCGAGCAGGUCUGCUUCGUCGUGGAGGAGACGGCAGAGGGAGGAGGCCUCGAGCCGGGCGACGACGGGCGGAUCGUCUUCGGUGUGUUGGGCAUUGGGUGGCGAGGCGAGAUGGGCAAUAGGGGCUAUCUGUCGACGGGAAAGCUUGGUAUGAGGCCAGUGGCGGCAUGA